AACCGACUGCAACAAAAUAUAUUAUCGAUGUGCGUUAGAAUAGGACAAUACGUUUUCGUGCGCGUCUUUUCUGCUUUUCAAACUCUCCUGGCUGUUCAAAUACCAAAAAGGUGCAGAAGACGACUGAGACCUGUUAAACAUUUUAGGCUUUCGACAAUUAUAUCUUUAUGAAAAAUGAAUGAGUUUGACAGCCCAUGCUGGAACAACUCGAACAAAAGCUUGGACAGUGCUUGGCAGACUGGAGUGGGUGGCUAUGACUUUCAUCAUGCUGCAGAGACCAUAGUUCUGCCUUCCUUCAUUGGAGUGAUAUGUUGUGCUGGACUAGUUGGAAACAUUUUCAUCUUGGUCACAAUCACAAGGUCAACAAAAAAGACAAUCCCAGAUGUGUACAUCUGUAACCUGGCAGUGGCCGAUCUUGUUCAUGUGGUAGUGAUGCCCUUCUUGAUUCACCAGUGGGCACGUGGAGGACAGUGGGUGUUUGGCAGUGCUCUGUGCACAAUUAUUACAUCACUAGACACCUGCAACCAGAUGACAUGCAGUGCAAUCAUGACAGCUAUGAGCUUGGACAGGUACCUUGCUCUGGUUCAUCCAUUCCGUCUGAUGAGUCUGAGAACAAAGUCAAAGACUAUUCGGAUAAAUUUGUGCAUCUGGGCAGUUUCCUUCAUCCUGGUUCUUCCUGCCUGGGUCUACUCCAAGGUUAUCCGAUUCAGAGAUGGAUUAGAAAGCUGUGCUUUUGAUUUAGCCUCACCUCAUGAUGUACUGGGGUACACACUAUAUCAGACCAUUACAUCUUUCUUCUUACCACUGCCUUUGAUUAGUCUGUCUUACAUUCUGAUCCUUUGCUACACCUGGAAGAUGUAUAAACAGAAUAAGAAAACACGACGGUACAAUACUACCAUCCCGAGAGAGAGGGUUAUUCGACUGACCAAAAUGGUCCUAGUGCUGGUUGGGGUUUUCCUCAUAAGUGUGGCUCCUUAUCAUGUGAUCCAGCUGGUGAAUCUUCAUGUCACUAAGCCAACAAUGACAUACUCUAUCUGUUACUACAUUUUUAUCUGCCUCAGUUAUGUUAGCAGCAGCAUUAACCCUUUCCUUUACAUUCUACUGAGUGGAAAUUUCCGUAAGAGACUUACAGGAUGUACAAGCAUGAGGAUGAGGAGUACUGACAAGGAUACCACCAACUUUGAAAAUACCCUAAAGUCCAGUUUUUAAAGCUGGCUUCCUAACACUGAAAGGUGUCACAUUUCAAAAGGAGGCUGAAAGGGCCAGUACAAUUAUAAUAUCCAAAUACAUUAAGUAUUAAUGUUAUACAUAUGUAAUUAUACAGGUGAGAAAAAGGAGUUAGAAACUGUAAAGGCAAGAACAUCUUCUGUGUGAACCACAAAUCUCUCGUGACAAGUUGUUUGUUUAAUUAACAAGUGUACAAUACAAUCCUCAGCCUACUAACAAUAGCAUCCAGAGCUUAUUCUACAUCUAGGCAAUAUACUGUAAGGCCAACUCAAAGUAUGUCAGUCUGGUUCAAGAGACUCCAAAGAGAGGUUCGCUGUGUACCUGAGACCUUUUCUAGGUGUACAGUACGGUAUAUGCUUGGCUCAGGAGGCAAGGUUGUGAAGUGACAAUGCUGUGUUUGGAAUUAUGAGUGACGCGUCUAAGCUGGAAUCCCAACUAAUACUGUAGGUCCUUUUUAACAAAACACAGGGAAAGGCUUGAGGAGCCCCCACUGCAACAACCCUGAUGUAAUCUCUUCUGAUUAUCCUCUCAAGAAGAAAGCUGUUGACAUCUGGUUUACCUAAUAAACUGUUGUUGGACGUAUCACUCAAACCAUACUUCAACCAUGAACCUUCCCAUGAUAUACCUAAAGAAAAAGGGGGUCUGGUUACCCCAA